AUGGCGGCAGCAACAACACUGCCAGUCCUCUUGGACUCAUUAACGCAAUCCCUCUCCUCGGUUUUCGAAGCAACCUCCAAGAUACCAUCGGUUGAAGCGCCCAAGGAUGGUAUUUCCCUACUCGACGUCAAGAACGAGCUCCUGCUCUCGUACCUGCAGAACCUAAUCUUCCUCAUCCUGGUCAAGCUGCGCAAGUCAAAACAGAGCAGUCUAGAGGACGAAAACAAACAAUUCGACGAUGGAGAAGUUGUGAACAAACUGGUCGAGCUACGCUUAUACUUGGAGAAAGGAGUCCGGCCUCUGGAGGAAAAGCUGCGUUACCAGAUCGAAAAAGUUCUGCGCGCUGCCGACGAUGCAGAGCGCAACGAGAAGGCCGCGCAAGCAGCCGCAGCGUCUGGAUCUGAGUCUGGGUCUAGCGAGGAGGAUUCUGACGAGGAGGAUCAGAGCGGAGAAGACUCGGUACCCGCACCAAACUUCGCGCUGCAUGCCCUUCCCAAUUUCGGCGCCAUGGCCCGGCGUCCUGCCGCCAACGCCGCUGGAAAGCACGGCAAAGAGAGCGACGGCGUCUAUCGACCACCCAAGGUCGCCCCUACAGUCAUGCCCACCACUGAAAGGCGUGAGAAGAGGGAACGGGGCCCAAUGAAAUCUGCGACCAUGGACGAGUUUGUGGCCGACGAGCUAUCCGCGGCGCCUGUUGCACAGCCAAGUAUCGGUACGAACAUCGCCCAAUUUGGCAGGAGACUCAAGACCGCGUCGGAGCGCAAGGAAGAAGAUGAGCGUCGCGACUACGAAGAGCGGAACUUCACGCGAUUGCCAAAGGAGAGCAAGAAGGAGCGCGCUCAGAAGGCCGCGCGUGAUGGAAGCAGUGGCCGCAUGGACUACGGCGGCGAAGAGUGGCGGGAUCUUGGUAUGGGCGUCGACCGAAUCAACAAGAUCACGAACAAGAAAGAAGGCGGGCGGGGCACAAAGGCUCUCUUGGAGAGGAGUCGCAAGAGAGGUCGCGAUACUGUGGAUGGCCCCAGAGGCAGUGGAGAGGCUCGCGAAAGUUACCAAAAGCGGCUCAAAGUCCUCGAGUCUGGUCGGCGGGACAGAGGAGGAAAGAGGAGAUGA